AUGCAGCUUCCGCCCUUCGACAUGUGGAAGGACUACUUCAACCUGAACCAGGUGGUGCUGGCACUGAGCCGGAGCUGGGGGCAAAGGCUGGAGGCCCUGGAGGCGGGGGAGCCCAAGCCUGGGACCCCGCCGCCGGGCCAGGUUUCGGGGCCAGCAGAGCCUGGGGACAGCGGGAGCCUCGGUGCCCUGUGCAACUUCUGCAAGCACAACGGGGAGUCUCGUCACGUCUACGCCUCGCACCGGCUGAAGACCCCGGAGGGCGUGGUGACGUGUCCCAUCCUGCGGCACUACGUGUGUCCCCUGUGCGGGGCCACCGGGGGUCAGGCCCACACGCUCAAGUACUGCCCCCUGAACGGUGGCCAGCAGUCCCUCUACCGCCGCAGUGGGCGAAACUCGGCUGGCCGCAAGGUCAAGCGCUGA